CCAUGUAACUCAUGCUUUUUAAAGUAAUUUCGAUUCUGUUUUAAAAUUAGGAAGAGGAUAAUAUUGUUACUUUCUAGUUUGCUUUUCUUCUUUUUUUGUAGCCAAGAGUAGCUUCAUGAAUGAAAUUACUUAUUCCCAUUUCAUAUGCUUUUUUACAUGUUGCCUAAUGGUUAUCUUUUCUAUGUGGUGAGAAUAGAUGAAUACUUUUAUAAAUAUAAAUGGAAAUGUUUUCUCAUAUCUCUUAUAAGCUGGCUUUAUUUGAUUGAUUGAUUAAUUAUAAAAUAUUUCAUCUUUAACAGGAAAAUGGCAACUGGGCAGGAGCGCGUGGUUGCCCUAGUGGACAUGGAUUGUUUUUUUGUACAAGUGGAACAGAGGCAGAAUCCACAUUUGAGAAACAAGCCUUGUGCAGUUGUGCAGUACAAAUCAUGGAGGGGUGGUGGAAUAAUUGCAGUCAGUUAUGAAGCUCGUGCUUUUGGAGUUACUAGAGGCAUGUGGGCAGAUGAUGCCAAGAAGCUUUGUCCAGACCUCCUCCUAGUACAAGUUCGUGAGGCCCGUGGGAAAGCUAAUCUUACCAAGUACCGGGAUGCCAGUGUGGAAGUGAUGGAGGUGAUGUCUCGUUUUGCUGUGAUUGAGCGUUCCAGCAUCGAUGAGGCCUACAUAGACCUAACUAGUGCUGUUCAAGAGAGACUGCAAAAGCUGCAAGCUGAGUCUAUUACAGCAAACUUGUUAGCAAGCACCUACAUCCAGGGUUUUCCCCAUGGCACCAGGGUCCUGGAGGGGCCUAUUCAAAAAGAUGAAAUUCGACAGCAAGGAGUAAUCCAGUGGCUUGAGUCUCUUCCCUUUGAUGACCCCAGCUCUCCAGACCUACGGCUCACUGUGGGAGCAGUAAUUGUGGAGGAAAUGAGAGUAGCAAUAGAAAAACACACUGGUUUUCAGUGCUCAGCUGGGAUUUCACACAACAAGGUACUGGCCAAACUAGCCUGUGGAUUAAACAAACCCAACCGCCAGACUCUGGUGUCACAUGGCUCUGUCCCACAACUUUUCAGUCAUCUGCCUAUUGGUAAAAUCCGUAAUCUUGGAGGAAAGCUGGGGGCUUCUGUUAUCGGUACCCUAGGGGUGGAGUAUAUGGGUGAGCUAACCCAGUUCACUGAACUCCAGCUUCAGAGUCAUUUUGGGGAAAAAAAUGGAUCCUGGCUGUAUGCCAUGUGCAGAGGGAUUGAACACGAUCCAGUAAAGCCCAGGCAAUUACCCAAGACCAUUGGCUGUAGCAAGAAUUUCCCAGGGAUAACAGCUCUGACUACUCAGGAACAGAUAAAGUGGUGGCUACUACAGUUAGCCCAGGAGCUAGAAGAGAGACUGACCAAGGACCAAAAGGAUAAUGACAGAGUAGCCUUACAGCUGGCAGUUAGCAUCCGAGUACAAGGUGACAAACGUCUUAGUAGCCUUCGACGCUGCUGUGCCCUGGCCUGCUAUGAUGCCCAUAGGAUGAGCAGUGAUGCGUUUGCUCUUAUCAGAAACUGUAAUACUUCUGGAAUUAAGACUGAAUGGGCUCCUCCCCUGACUAUGCUCUUCCUUUGUGCCACCAAGUUCUCUCUUUCUGGUCCAACAUCUUGCACAGACAUCACCAGCUUUGUGAGCAGUAACACAUCUCUUCAGAAGUCAGGUGUUGCCAGCUCAAAUGCUAAGGCUCUAGGAAAUUGCCCAAAGGCGGUAGCUACCAAGAGAGCCACCGGUUCUCUGGAGUUGCUUUUCCAAAAGGCUGCAGAGAAGCAGAAAGCCAAAGAGACUUCCAUCCCACCUUCUGCUACCCCUCAGGUCCUUGCAUCCAGCUCACCAUCCAAAUCUUCUUUACAAUUUUGUUGCAAUAAUACAACUGAAAUGGAGCCCUUCUUUAAACAAAAAAAUCGGGAGGUCCAAACACAUUCACAGCUUCCUAAUGGCUUUCCUGCUCCUCUCCCUCCACAAGAUUCACUGCCCAUGGCUAGAAACAUCAAGAACCAGUUUUCCCCAAAUCACAAUGAUGUCCUAGAACCUAAACCCUCUACAGCUCCUCUAGCAGAAAUGGAUUUGACCCAGAGUGGACCAAGUGAACCAAGAAGACUUAAUUCUCUUUUGGACAGUGCUGUUAAGGUAGCUACUAGUGUCCCACUUUUUCCAGAUGCUGAGGACCAGCUGUGCUGUGAGAAGUGUGGCUCUUUGAUUUUAGUGUGGGAAAUGCCUGAACACAUGGACUAUCACUUUGCAAUGGAACUCCAGAGAUCAUUCUUAGGACCCUGUUCUCCCAAGCCUCCAGGUGUCCCUCCAACCUCCCCUUCUGGGGCUAAGAGAAGUCCCAAGAGCCCAUUGCCUUCAAGUGCCAAGCGUCUCAGGCCCGAGGGUACCCGAACAUUGGAAUCAUUUUUUAAGCCAUUAUCACGAUAGUUCUGGCUCAGGGCUUAAGCUAUAGGAUUUUGACAUUUUUAUCUGAAAUCUUAGAAACAGAAUUUUACAUGUCUUUUCAAUGAAAUAAUAAAUAUUUUGGCACACAAAAAAUUAUUUUUGUAACCCCACAUGAUCCUAGCAUUACCUUGAAUGAUGCCUUUUUUGUAAUUGGUGUCCCUGGUUGUGAGCACUUGAAAUGUGAAGUACUUGUUUAUUAUAGUGUUCUGUACACAGCUGGGUGUUUUAUAAAUGCGAGCAUACUUAGAUAAGGUGGUCUUAACCUGUGUUUCACAGCAAUGUUAUAACCAAACACCACAGUAAUGAAUUAAAUUUGUUAAACCUUACUAUAGUGUAGCUUGGCAGAUUUCUUAUUUGUAAUACUUUUUAUAUAACUAAUUGCCCCUUGAAAAGUUAUUUAAUAGAACCAAUUAACAACAUUAGGCAGAGUAACUCCACAGUACCUGGACUAGAUAAUGACAAGUAUGAUUUUAAUAAUGAUUCUUCUCCUUAGCCUACAGUGUUAGGGCUUUUCCUGUUCUAAAGGUAUAGUGGAUUUACUGGGACAAAUUGGGAAUUCUAGCCUGUUAGAGAAUAAAUUUUAAAGCAGUAUGUCACCCUGUGCAGACAGGAAAUCUGGUACAUCCUCCACCCUAGAUAGAGAAGCUGAAUCCCAGUGAUAAGAUAGGAUGCCAAAGGCCAAGUCUGUAAAAGGCAGUUGUACUUUUUCUCAAAUUCCUAAAAUAUAAAUGCUAGAUGUGAAAGGAAGACAAUGGCAUGAAGCUUAAAGGUUUGGAUCCAGACCCCUCUUUUGGGUGAUGUUGGAAAAAUCAUUUAACCUCAGGGUCUUGGGUUUCUCAACUGUAAAAUGAAGGGAUUAAAGUAGAUGGACCUGAGGUCCCCUUUGGAGUAUUCAAUUUAAAUGCUUAUCCUAGUCAUCCCAGUCACCUCCCAAAUUAGGGCAGUUAUUAAGAAAUUGAUUCUAUAAUAGACCUAUUCACAUUUAGGAUACUAACAUACUUUGUCUUCCCUUAUGCUUUUGCUUAAGCAAUUCCUUCUCUUUAGAAUUUUCUCCCCUGCUCAUCAAAAUUUCUCCCAUUUUGCUCUUAUUAAUGACUUCACUAGCUUUAUAGAUAAGUUUGCAGAAUUAGAUAUAAUGUUUCAAGGAGCCUGGUAUAUGUAUGUAGCAUAAUG